GUUCCCCUUUUCGGAAACAAACAAAAUAUACUUUGCUGCUUAUUUUUGAUUGCGCUCGCCCACUCCAUUGAAAAACAUCCUUAAAAUAUCCUUUCAAUUUUCGGAAGUUUUUUUUUUCAAAUAGAUUUGUCAUUUUGUAUAAUUACGUUAAUGUAACAGGAAACAUACAAAACUUUGAUAAAAUUUCGUGUGACAAGUCGUGCAUAAACUGAAUUAAUAAUAUCGCAAAUUGUUAACAAUUUAAGAAAACUUCCAUAUACUGCAUAAAAUCUUUAUUUUUUGGCGCCAAUUUCAAAAGCCUAAAACUAUCUUUAUUGUAUUAUUUAGCGUUAGUUUGUAUCUCUUAGGAAGCCUCAAUUUUGUAUCUUUAAAUGUUGGUUGUAUCAUUUAGCGUCAGUUUUGAAUAAUUACACUUCAGAUGUAUCUUUUAGCAAAAUUGUAUCAUUUAGCGUUCACACACCCUCUUUCUUUGUUUACAUUUCCCGUGUAGUUCCGGCCUUUGAAGUGUCAGUGGCUUGUUUUUCAACUCACCUCCAACAAAGAGAGGGAGCCAGUGUUUGAAGACCGAUGCUUAUGAAGUUCGUCAUUAUUCCAAAUAAAGAAAAUAACAUGCAGCAACAGAUGAAAAUGAGAUCUAUUACAUAUACAAUGAUCACUGCGUUUGCUGUAAUAUUUGUCUUCUGUUUAAAUUUGACAAAUCAGACAUGUAUACCUUCAGAUAAAGACACAGUUACUGUAGUCUGCGACAACAUUGUUCCAGUUAUUUUACCUUCUAAUAUAACACAAGUGUAUAUACAUAUAUAUUCACUUGAUAUACACUUCAGUGGCAGAUCUUUUUCUCACAAAAGCUGGCAAACUGUAGCUGCUUUAGAUAUAAACGCACGCUAUAAAAAUGAGUAUGGGGGAAUCACGGUAACCUUUGGAAGUAUGUGCUUUAGUAAGUUAUAUGCCUUAAAAGAACUACGAAUACAAGGCGUGGAGAUUAAUGGGUUUCACUUGUACUCGUUCCACAAACUUGAACACCUCCAAAAACUUCGGUUUUUUGAGUGCAGCUAUCUGAAUAUAAACAGCGUAAUUGCAGCUCUUUCUCAUGCCAAUAUUACAGUAGAUAUUUUGGUGUUAGAAGACGUAUCCAGUGCUAAUACAGACAAACUAAGUAUAAAUGAAAAUUUCUAUGACCUUCUUCAAAAAAUGAAAGUUACCAGUUUGUCUCUACGGAAAACAAUCUUCAAAAUCAACCAAUUCCAACCCCGACAGAUGAAAACGUCAGGACUUACGACCCUUGAUGUAUCCCAGACAACAUAUAUGUUUCCCAACCAUGUUGAUUUACUUACACUUCAUAACAUAUUUACUUCCUUUUUUCAAGGUCUCAAAACAUUGAAUAUAUCUGCUAUUCCGGUGCAAUUUUUCCUGCCAGACAAAGAUUUUCUGAAUAAUAGGAUCAUAAGAAAAUGUGAUGAGUUACGUCAAGGGUUCAUACAAUUUUUUCUUCUAAGACUUAAGAACCUGUAUUCAAAUACACUGUUUCGAAGCCCAGUCAUAAUGAAUAAUACCAUACUGAAUAUCUCAGAUUGUCAUUUCAAUCUAAAAAAGUGGCAAUUUAAAGAGAACAAUGUUCAGUACUUUAAUAUAUCAAUUAUUCUCCCACAGAAUAAUGCACUUACAGAGGUGGAUUUAUCUAAUAAUGAAAUGGAGUAUAUAUCCCCUUUAGCUCUACAAAAUGCGCAUGCGCUUGAAAUCUUAAAACUGACAUCAAACAAACUAUUUCAGAUGGAAAGCUUACCUGAUUUUAAGGAUUUACUUUUGAGUAACACCGCUUUAAAGCACGUUUGCCUUGCCGAAAACAAAAUCUCAAAUAUGCCACGUGAUAUUUUUAGAAACAAUGCUGCGCUAGAGAUAAUUGAUCUAGCAGAUAAUCAUUUAAAGUCAGUAACGUUUACUUUGACACAUUUAGAAAGGCUAAAGUCUCUGAAUAUUGCCAGAAAUCGUAUAAAAUUCAUAGAAGAUAAACCCUUAACAGACAUUCAGUUGUUAUUUAAAACACGUGCUUCCGCCGGAAGUAACCAAACAACUAUCAUUGAAAUGUCUGGAAACCCUUUCGAAUGUAGUUGUGAUAGUGUUCGGUUUAUGGAAUGGGUAAUUUUCUUGAAACAAUACACUAAAAGAACAUAUCGCUGUUCUAUGGAAAGCGAAGAAGCAGAAAUCAAUAAGGAUUCUCUGCGGAAUUCAAAAAUUUGGUUAUGUUAUCGAGAUGUUAUUAUACCAGGUGCAUCGACUGGAGGUCUUAUACUUCUUGCAGGAAUUAUCAUUUUGAUUAUAUGUAUAUGUAGGAGAAAGAGAAAACAAAAACAGAAAUUCGAGCGAAAACGCUUUCUGAAGGACUUUAAAAAGGGUAUAUUGAAAGAACAAUAUUUGUGUCAGAUAUCGUAUUCAAGUGAAGACGACGCAUGUUUUCUGAAUACUAUUUACCCUAAAUUGAAUACAACUUUCGAAGAGAUACUACGUUGUAAAAGGGAAGUAAUUUGUUAUGGAGAUAACAACUUCUGUCUGGGGCGUUCGAUUAUUGACGAAAUUUUACGAUGUAUUUCCGAGUCCUGCGUCAUUAUAUUUGUGAUUUCUAAAUCUUUCUGUGCAAGUCAUUGGUGUGAAAUGGAAUUAAAAGAAGCUCAUGAAAUGGGAAAACCAAUUAUUCUGCUCUUCAAAGAGGAGGUUAAUCCAGACCUUAUGUCGAGAUUGUUACGCACUCUUUUCAAUAGACUAACAAGAGCAAAGCUUGUAGAAAAGGACGGACUAUAUGAACUUAUUCCAGACUGGCAAAGUCUUGGGAAAUCUGUCAUAGAAUUAGCUGCCAAAAACUAUGAAGUAGAACAAUCAAUUUAACAACGGUGUCGGCUAUCAACUUGCAGCAUCUAUAUUUAUACUCCAUUACUGACAAUAUUCUAUGGUUACUGAAUGAUGAGCAUCUUGCAGAAAGUUGGAUCACCGAUAAGAUUUACCUUGUUUUUAUAAAAUAUACACAUUACAGUAUUACAAGAUAUGUAAAACGUAGCUGAUAAAUUAUAUAAUAAGAAAAAGGUUCUAAGUCUUCCAAUAUGUCUUAACACAGACACAUGACAAAUGAUGAAAAGGUAAAUAUUACUGACUUGUAGGCGGAGACAAAAACACUUAUGGACCUUCAGCAGUGGCGUUAUGACGUUAUAACUAUGCCACCAGUUAAGUUUGAUUCCCGGGUUUAGCAAAUUCAGUAGAAAAUGAAAAUGCGAAAGUAUAGUGUCUAAUAGAAUUAAUUUGUUCAUAAUACAUUAUUUUGAUUACUGUCUUUUACUUCACUGUCUAUGAUAAGAUGAAUUUUCACAUUACAAAAUAUGUAUUAUUUCGUUGGACCAUAAUUAUGUUAGACUGGCUAUAGUCAAAUAUGUUAUCAUCUUUAAAUAAAGCUAUUAUUAUUA